UUGAAGCUGGGCUGGGAGAUAUAACUUUAACUUCAACCACAUUUUUUCCUUUGAGUAGGUGAUGCUUUAUUUUUGGUGUCAGACGUGUGUGGUCUGGUAGAAAGAAAUACUUUUACUUUUCACUUCCUGUGGAGGGACAGGUGCAUUAAGGAGGGAUGUGAAAGUCUUCUUAUCUGAGGAAAAUUAAAAUCAGACUACAAAAGUCUCAUCAAAUAAGAAUUUUUUUAGACUUUAUCACUACAUAAUAGGAUGAUUCUAUAAAAAAUAAAACGAAUCCAGUCUCAUAAUAACCAUGCUGAAGAAAUCAGACCAUUUUUGAAAAACAUAAUAUAGAAAUAUUUACCAUCAAGAAAAAUCUCCCAAGUUUUCAGAAAGCAUCAGUGAGCGGGCCCAACUCCCCCAGUGAGACCCGUCGGGAGCGGGCCUUCGACGCCAACACCAUGUCCUCUGCCGAGAAUAUCCUCUGCCAGUUCUGUGACCAGGAUCCUGCCCAGGAUGCUGUGAAGACCUGUGUCACUUGCAAGGUGUCCUACUGUGACGAGUGCCUAAAAGCCAUUCACCUGAACAAGAAGCCUUUUACAGGCCUUCGUCUGAUUGAGCCAAUCCCGGACUUGCACAUCCUGGGGCUGCUGUGCCUGGAGCAUGAGGAUGAGAAGGUGAAUACUUACUGCGUGACCGAUGACCAGUUAAUAAUCUGUGCCUUGUAUAAACUGGUUGGGCGGCACCGCGAUCAUCAGGUGGCAGCUUUGAGUAAGCGCUAUGACAAAUUGAAGCAAAAUUUAGAGAGUAACCUCACCAAUCUUAUUAAGAGGAACAUGGAACUGUAGACCCUUUUGGCUAAGCUCAUCCAAACCUAUCAACAUGUUGAAGUCAAUGCUUCAUGUCAAGAAGCCACAUUGACAGACAAGUGUGAUCUUCUCAUUGAGAUCAUUCAACAAAGACGACAAAUUAUUGGAACCAAGAUAA